GUAGUUUAGUUUGUGGAAAAGAGGGCACCCAGCACUGUCUCCUCCCCCUUUCACUCACCCCAGUAAUCCCCGCCAGACAGGAGCCCUAGAUUUAAUUCAUGGGAAGAGCUUUGUUACCGUGUCUACUAAGUAAACAGGGCUGGCAGGCUCAGGCUGGGGUCUGCAUUUCAUCAUUGAUGGGCCGCUGACAUGAAUUUGGAAAGAAGAAAGAAAGGAAGGGUUUUCCUUAACAAGGUAAAUAAGCUGAAAGCACAGCUGCCUUGCUGGUACAUCUUUGAGAAGGAAGUCUGAACAAAGUCCAGUGUACACUCAGAAGUCAAUUGAACAAAGGCCUCUCCUUCCAGGCUGAGGGUCUUAAGGAAUGUCUAACUGUGUUUCCAUGCAUAGUAUUGUAUGUAGGUACAUGUGACUGUACCCCUGUUUCAUGAGUAAAUAUUCCAUUCCCAGUUUCUCAAAGUAAUGUGGGCCAUGAAGCCAGGUUAUCUUCUCUGGGCUUUACUGUUUAUGAACUCCUUGUGGCCUUUACCAACUGAUGGGGCCAUUCGAAACUACUAUCUGGGCAUCCAGGAUGUGCAGUGGAACUAUGCUCCCAAAGGAAGAAAUGUCAUCACAAACCAGACUCUGAACAAUGACAUAGUGGCUUCCAGCUUCCUAAAGUCUGGCAAAAACAGGAUAGGGAGUACUUACAAGAAGACCGUCUAUAAGGAAUACAGUGAUGACACGUAUACUGAUGAAGUAGCAAAGCCCACAUGGUUGGGCUUCCUAGGACCACUGAUACAGGCUGAGGUGGGGGAUGUCAUCCUUAUCCACCUGAAGAAUUUUGCCAGCCGUCCUUAUACCAUUCACCCUCAUGGAGUCUUCUAUGAGAAGGACUCAGAAGGCUCACUGUACCCAGAUGGUUCUUCUGGGUACCUGAAAGCUGAUGAUUCUGUUCCCCCUGGAGGCAGCCAUGUCUACAACUGGACUAUUCCAGAAGGUCAUGCACCCACUGGUGCAGACCCAGCAUGCCUCACCUGGAUUUACCAUUCUCAUGUAGAUGCUCCACGAGACAUUGCGACUGGUCUCAUUGGACCCCUUAUCACCUGUAAAAGAGGGACCCUGGAUGGUAACUUCCCACCUCAGAGGAAGGAUGUGGACCAUAAUUUCUUCCUCCUCUUCAGUGUGAUAGAUGAGAACCUUAGCUGGUACCUUGAUGACAAUAUUGCUACAUACUGUUCAGACCCUGCCUCAGUGGACAAAGAAGAUGAAGCCUUUCAAGAAAGCAACAGGAUGCAUGCAAUCAAUGGGUUUGUCUUUGGGAACUUGCCAGAACUAAGCAUGUGUGCACAGAAGCAUGUGGCCUGGCAUUUGUUCGGCAUGGGAAAUGAAAUAGACGUCCACACAGCUUUCUUCCAUGGACAGAUACUGACUAUCCGUGGACAUCGCACUGACGUUGCUCACAUUUUCCCAGCCACUUUUGUGACUGCUGAGAUGGUGCCCCAGAAGUCUGGAACCUGGUUAAUUAGCUGUGAAGUAAACAGCCACUUGAAAAGUGGCAUGCAAGCCUUCUACAAAGUUGACUCUUGCUCCAUGGACCCACCUUUGGACCAACUCAGAGGCAAAGUUCGUCAAUACUUCAUCCAGGCCCAUGAGAUUCUAUGGGACUAUGGUCCAUUAGGGCAUGAUGGGAGAACUGGGAAGAGUUUGAGAGAGCCUGGAAGUGGCUCAGAUAAAUACUUCCAGAAGAGUUCUAGUCGAAUUGGAGGUACUUACUGGAAAGUUCGCUAUGAAGCCUUCCAAGAUGAGACAUUCCAUAAAAGCAUUCAUCAGAAGGAAGAACAACAUCUUGGAAUACUGGGACCAGUAAUAAGGGCUGAAGUGGGUGACACUAUUGAGGUCAUCUUCUACAACCGUGCCUCCCAGCCAUUCAGCAUACAACCCCAUGGCGUGUUUUAUGAGAAAAACUCUGAGGGUACCGUGUACAAUGAUGGUACAUCUCAUCCCAAAGUAGCCAAGCCAUUAGAAAAAGUAAAAUACCGCUGGACAGUUCCUCCUCAUGCUGGGCCCACUGCUCAAGAUCCUGCUUGCCUGACCUGGAUGUACUUCUCUGCUGCAGAUCCUGCAAGAGAUACAAAUUCUGGCCUGGUGGGCCCUCUGCUGGUGUGCAAGGCUGGGGCUUUGGGUGCAGAUGGCAAGCAGAAAGGAGUGGAUAAGGAAUUUUUUCUCCUCUUCACUGUGUUUGAUGAGAACAAGAGCUGGUACAACAAUGCUAAUCAAGCAGCUGGUAUGUUGGAUUCCCGCCUGCUCUCAGAGGAUGUAGAGGGAUUCCAAGACUCCAAUCAAAUGCAUGCUAUUAAUGGCUUUCUGUUCUCUAACCUGCCCAGGCUGGACAUGUGCAAAGGUGAUACAGUGGCCUGGCACCUGCUUGGCCUGGGCACAGAGACUGACGUACAUGGUGUCACGUUUGAGGGCAACACUGUACAACUUCAGGGCAUGAGGAAAGGUGGAGCCAUGCUCUUUCCUCACACCUUUGUGAUGGCCAUCAUGCAGCCUGACAGUCCUGGGACAUUUGAAAUCUAUUGCCAAGCAGGAAGCCACCGAGAGGCAGGGAUGAGGGCAAUUUAUAAUGUCUCCCAGUGUUCUGGUCAUAAAGACAGCCCACGCCAACAUUACCAAGCUUCAAGAGUCUACUACAUCAUGGCAGAAGAGGUAGAGUGGGAUUAUUGCCCUGAUAGAAGCUGGGAACUGGAUUGGCACAACACUUCUGACAAGGACAGUUAUGGUCAUGUUUUCCUGAGCAAUACGGAUGGGCUUCUGGGUUCCAGAUAUAAGAAAGCUGUAUUCAGGGAAUACACUGAUGGUACUUUCAGGAUUCCGAAGCCAAGGUCUGGACCAGAGGAGCACUUGGGAAUCCUGGGUCCACUUAUCAAAGGAGAGGUUGGUGAUAUCUUGACUGUGGUAUUCAAGAAUAAUGCCAGUCGACCAUAUUCUGUACAUGCCCAUGGAGUUCUAGAAUUUCAUACUGGCUGGCCACAGGCUGCUGAGCCUGGUGAAGUACUUACUUACCAGUGGAACAUCCCAGAAAGAUCUGGUCCUGGACCCAGUGACUCUUCUUGUGUUUCCUGGAUUUAUUAUUCUGCAGUGGAUCCUAUCAAGGACAUGUAUAGUGGCUUGGUGGGACCCUUACUGAUCUGCCGAAAAGGAAUCUUAGAACCCAAUGGAGGCCGGAAAGAUAUGGACCGGGAAUUUGCUUUGUUGUUUUUGAUCUUUGAUGAGAACCAGUCUUGGUAUCUGAAGGAGAAUAUUGCAAUAUAUGGGUCCCAAGAAGCUAGCCAUGUUAACCUACAAGAUGCAACUUUCUUGGAGAGCAAUAAAAUGCAUGCCAUCAACGGGAAACUCUAUGCUAACCUCAAAGGUCUUACUGUAUUCCAAGGAGAACGUGUAGCCUGGUACAUGCUUGCCAUGGGCCAAGAUACUGAUAUCCACACUGUUCACUUCCAUGCAGAGAGUUUCCUCUAUCAGAAUGGGCACAGUUACCGGGCAGAUGUAGUAGAUCUCUUCCCAGGAACGUUUGAGGUCGUGGAGAUGGUAGCCAGCAACCCUGGGAGAUGGCUGAUGCACUGCCAUGUGACUGACCAUGUUCAUGCAGGCAUGGAGACCAUCUUUACUGUCUUGUCUCAUGAAGAACAUUUCAGUACUAUUACUCCCAUUACCAAAGAGAUUGGAAAAGCUGUGAUCCUAAGGGACAUUGGAGGAGGAAGUGUGAAGAUGCUGGGCAUGAAGAUCCCCAUAAAGAAUGUUGAGAUUGUGUCUUCUAUUUUGAUUGCCAUAUGUUUGGUUCUACUGCUCAUUGCUCUGGCUCUUGGUGGUGUAGUCUGGUACCAGCAUCGACAAAGAAAGCUUCGGCGCAACAGGAGGUCUAUUCUUGAUGAUAGCUUCAGGCUUCUCUCUCUUAAGCAAUAAUAGCUGAAUCCCGAAGAUAUCAUCAGAAAACACAUCUGUUUCUAGGAAGCUGUGCAGUAACAGGAAACUCUUUUCUCAGAGUGUGAGAGGUUAUGAAGAGGCAGAGGAUGGAAUCAAAAUUAUCUGUGUAUUCUUUAUUUAUUUAUGUGGAAAUCAUUAUGCUUUCUUUAUUUUCUUUGCCAUCUGAGGCAGUUCUUUUGUAUACAAAUUUCAAUAGCUAAGAUAUGUCACCCUUCAGUACUGGAAGGUACAGAAAUUCCUAGGACUUAAUCAUUCUCACAGAAUAUAUAUCAAGAAAAAGCUAUCUAAUUAGGUUUCUAAUUCCUGUACCUAGAUAGACAAGUAGACUUUUAAUUGAAGCCAAAUGAUGAGCCACAAAAGUAACCCAUAACUAAAUAAAGGACCAAGAACAUAUGUAUGAUGAAUUAGAGGUAGGGUGAGGAGUAGGAAUCCAGAUUUUACUUUAAUUAUCUUUGGCAAUGGACUGUUGAAGAAAUAAAUGAAUGGGUUGUGGUUAUGAGUACCUGUGGAAAAAGGAGCACUUGUAAAUCAGUCAUUCACGUUUCUAUACAGUGGUACUGAAGGAAAUUUUGAGUGUCCUCUUCAUGUUUGAGGUAGCAAUCUUGUCCAUUGAAGUACUUAUUAAAAGACUAGAAUACUGAGUUUGGUAAUUUUGAUGAUUCCCAUGCUUCUGGGAGGUGAGAUUUCAUUUUAAACAAAAGAAUUUCAAGGCUCUGGGGAGACAUCUUAUAGAUCUAUAUAACAUUUGUGGAUUCUGGAGAUUUGUGUGCUGUUUCAUAGUAAGUCUUCAAAUCAGAGGGGUAACAUCCUAGAGGAGAAGUUCAAUGGAUGCUAAAUAUUUUGGAAUGUCAAAAAACAUGGCCGUAGAAGGUACUGAAAAGACACCCCUACUUGUCUACUGGGCAAAGAGAGAUAGGUGCAUACAUGGUAAUUUAGUGGGAGGGGUGGCUAUUGGAAUAUAAGAGGUAUGUCUGCAAUUUAUACACCUCUUUAUAGAACAGAAUCCUUCCUUCCUGUGCCUUACAGCAAUAUCCCUUUGUUGCCACCAUGUUUAUUCCUCUCUGAAACUUUGUUCAGAAAGUACAGACAAGAAAAUAGGAAUGGCGUAAGAUAGCCCAUUCUCACCAUAGUUUCCACAUGGCAAAUGAAGAACAGAAGGAACAUCAUGGAGAGUAAUGAUAGUAGCAAUGGGAUGGGGAUAUAGCUCAGUGGUAAAGUGAUUGCCUAAUAUAAGAGGGUCCCUGGGUUGAAAAAAAAAGCAGCACAAAGGAAACAAAAGAGAAAACAAAGUAAUAACAGAAAUGCAUAGUGAUCUGCUUACAUAUAGCAAAGCAUUCUAAUUCCUGAUAGAUUGGACUUGCUUGGUUCAUUAAAAUGGAAAUUAAAUUAUUUUACUUAGGGUAAAAUUUUACUCAACUGAAAAUUGAGUGGAGACUCAAAUUUUCUUGUAUUUGAUUCCAAAAAUGUUUUAUUUUCCUUUGUCAUGGAAACUUCUACUAUUCUUUGUCUUUCUUUGCCACUUGAUUUCAAAUUGUGAGGUUGCCUAGCAACUUAUAUACUUAGUUAGCAACCAACAGUGUUCUUUUCCAGUUGCCAUAAAAUGUUGCUUGUUAGAGGGCAGAGAUGAAAACAAAAACCAGAAUAAUGCAUUUUGUGUGUUCAUAGUCAGUGGCUUUCUGGAAAGUUUUUGAAAAUCUAGGGAACAUAGUUGUGGAGGAGCAUAUUAAUUACUCAUUAUCUUGUUAUAGAAAUAAUAUGCCUUCUCAGUGAGAAAUCACUCUGUACAGUUAGAGAUAAAGUAAAGGCUCGUAACCAAAGUACAUUUAGCUGACUGUGCCUAAUACUCAAAUAACAGUUGGCAAUGAAUGAAAGAUUUUAUUAACAUAUAUACCUUAAGUUUAUGCAUCCCACAAACAUGGUUAUCCUUCAACCUCUUUUAGUCCUGGCCCAAGGUUACACUUUGAGCAAUUUAAAUUGUCAGGAGACUGCAAGUACUGAGGCAGAUAUGAGAUUUAUACUGCAAGAUAUUGCCAUAAUGUAAGUAUUCUAGUGUUAUUCCUUUUUGACUAGUUGUUUCCCAGGAUCAUCCUGCCCACACAGAAGAAUUGUGACACUGUGAAACAGUAAACAGAUUCCUCCUUCUUAUAUUCUUGCAGAAGCUAUUUUAGAUUUGACUAGAAUUUGAUCUCUUUGAUGGAAAGUUCUGUGGAAAAUUAUUUAGCUCUGUCCUAGGAACCUGAGGUCAAGGUGCUCCAGCUAAUUUAUAUUCACUUCUGUUAAACUGUCUGUUUGCACAAACCUCCCUGUCCAGCUAACUGCUUAUCCUAGCUCCUGUUAAACUGCUAGCUUGCAUAAAGCUUAUCCCUGCAGCUGCUAAGGAAGAUAGCAGGAUAUAGUUUUGCCUUUAAGAUACUCUUACUCUAAAUUUAAAUACUAUGCUUCAGUCCUGAAUACCUGAGUGUUGUCUUAGCUGGCUAGAAUAAAGACUUUCAAUUGGCUAUACACUGUGCCCAAGUAAUUGCCUCUGGUGGGCUCCCUGUAACAGAAUCACAUUUUUCCUAAUAGGAACAUGGGGAACUUAAUGGCAGACCAAAACUUAGUGAUGGUUGUGGCCCUAUGCUGUUCCAAUUCCAGCUGCCCCUUAAAAGUAUAUCAUUUGUAUAGGAAUGAGAGCCCAACGGCUGGUCAUACUAAGUAAACAUUCAUACCCUAGCAUCCUAAAUUUUACUUAUCUGUAACAGGCCUGGCAGACAUGCUACUUAUCUUUGAGUUAUUUUGGAGGCAAUGCUCCUUAGAUUAAAUUUCACUUGUGUGACUUAAUUUUAUAAGCAAACUUAUUAGUAAGUCCUUUAUAAUAUCAGUUUUUAUCACAUUAAGAUUCUUCUACAACAAUUCAAGUGUUAGUGUUUAAAACUUUUCAAAUUGAUAUAUUUAGAGACAGCAGAGCCCUCCCCCACCCUUUGCCCUGUUGUUUAUGUGAAUAUUAAUGAAAAUCAAGUCUAUCUUGGGAAAUCCAGUCAAUUAAUCUUAUAACUUACAUAUAUCUGGGAAGUUUUUAGUAUGAAUACAUAAGACUAGGAUGUGUAGGUAUGGCAUGAUGCAUUUAAAAAGGCUUAUUUUUAAAAUUAAUUUUAACUGUGUAUGUGUGUGUCAGAGAUGGAGCAAGGUCAGAGGCAUCAGAUCCCCUGAAGCUGGAGUUAACAGAUAGUUGCAAGCCAUUGAAUAUAGGUGUUGAGAAUUGAACUCAGGUCCUCUGCAGGAGCAGUAUUUGUUCUUAAUCAAUGAGCCAUCUAUGUAGGCAAGCAUAACGCAUUUUGUUCCUGUGAGUAAUUCUGCCUCCAAUCAAAAUGGAAUCUUAGCGUCUUUGUAUUUUUGAAAAAGAUGUAUUUUUCACUGAAGUUGGUCCAAAUAUAGAUAUAGUGAGGCACUGUGCAAAAAAAUAAUUAGAUAGAAUUUCCAUACUGUUCAUUACUCAAAGCAGACAUUUUCAACAUCAAGACAAUAGUGUGACUUAUUUGCUUUCUCUCCAGGAAUAUCUUUAUUUUUUUUCAACUAUUUUGUUUCAUUUAUUAUUAUUGUAGAGUGCAUUCUAGAGCAUGUAUGUGGAGUCCAGAAAACAAUGUCUCACCCCAGACCUCACUGUAGGUUUCCAGGAAUUGAACUUAUGUUAUCAGGCUUGCAUAACAAGCACCUUUAUCCAGUGAUCCAUCUUUUUUUUCUCUCAUACAUUGCACACAGAACAACAUUCUCCCUUUUCUCCCAGCACCCCACUCACUCUACUCCUCUUCUGUUCCUCCCCGCCAAGGAAACAACAGUCUUCCCAGAGAUAUUAACCAAAUAUGUCAUGUCCAGUUACAAUUUAACUAGGAGCCUCCCCUCAUAUUAAGGGUGAAGAGGCAACCCAGUAGAAGGAAAAGGGAUGCUAAAGCAGGCAAGCAAAAAAGUAAAAAACAGCUCCUGCUCCCAGUGUGACACCUCGCCAGACUCAAAUAUCUUUUGGUUUUUUCUUUGUUGAUUUCUGCUUCAGUUAAAAGCUUAACCAUUUGUUAGCUUUUGCAUAUUGUGGCUAAUGCAGGUAACCCCAGCACUGAGCUAUAAAACACCACAAGUUCAAAGUCAGCCUAGAGUACAUAGUAAGUUCCAGACUACCCUGGGCUACUGAGUAAAAUUGUUUCUCAAAACAAACAAGACAAAAAAAAAAUCUCACAACUAUUUGUUGCUUGGACUAUUGUACUCUUUCUGUUGUUUAUCUCAGAUUCUUUCUACACUUACAAUUGAUUUUCCCACAUGGAAAGGUGAGAUUUCAAAAAUAUAAUUAAACCACUAGUUUGAACAACAUAUUCUACGUUUAGAUCUCCCUGAAGAUAAGUAGAACCUGGAGAUAAUUAAAGAGCCAACAACAGAAAGAGAAAGGAAAUCAGUAGACAGGGCAACAAGGCUGAAAAUGUAAUAUGUUAGUUUUGCAUCAUAUAAUUCUCUACCCAGAAUAGCCAAGUCACAGCAUUCAAACAAACUAACUAAACAAAACAAACCAAGGUGAAACAUAAUCAUGGAAAUAGUCAAAGAGUGACAGUGAACUGGGUGACAGUGAGCAUCUUUUAGUAAUCCUGGAAGCUGGAAGGAAGUGUCAUAGUACUUUUCAAGUGAAGAAAGAAAAAGAUUACCAAAGCCAAAUAUCGCACACACACAUAGGUUUAACACUUGGAAUACAGAUUAGGGAAGACUGGAAGACUGACGUUUAUGGUCAAUUUAGACAACGUUGAAGGUUUGAAGUUAGGUUAGGCUACAGACUAAGAAGCUGACUCACUCCAUUAUUCAAAAUUAUAUAUCUCAUGAAGAGUCUGCAUUUUCUAGACUUGUAUAUUAAUACAAUUCUUGUACUAUGUACUACACGGUCUGGCCUUUUUUUGUAUGUAUUGACAUCUUAUUUUUAAAAUGAUUUCUGAGUUAUUUUUUAUUGUAUAGAAAUAAUGUAUUUUUUUCAGUUCUCUUAUUGUGGACAUUUGAGUUGUGCUUAUCAGAAAAAGGUGCAUUGAACAUCCAUGUUAAACAAAAUUAAAUGAUAUUAUUUAGCAUACAAUAAAGAUUGUGUAUAGACAAAUUCAAAUUAAA